AUGUGUGGGAAGUGGCAAGGCGAGAACUCUUAUUUGCUGCACUCCUACCACUGCCCGCCAGCCCUGGGCUCCGCUGUGUUUGCGCAUGGUCUCAUCUCAGCCUCCCCACAGCAGAUCGGGACACUGGCAUCAGAGAGCCGCCGCCACCUGUCCAAGGGCUCACUCUUCUCUCCAUUCCUUCCACAGGUCAUCUGUGGCCAGGAUGAUGGUCCCCCUGGCUCAGAGGACUCUGAGCGUGAUGACCCCGAGAGUCAUCCCCGGCCCCGGGUGCCUAGGAAGCGGGGCCACCUCUCACCUAAGGCCCGCCCUCUGGCCAACUCCACCCUCCUGGGGCUGCUGGCUCCACCUGGGGAGGCAUGGGGAGUCCUGGGGCAGCCCCCCAAUCGCCCGAACCAUAGCCCCCCGCCCUCAGCCAAAGUGAAGAAAAUCUUUGGCUGGGGAGACUUCUACUCCAAUAUCAAGACCGUAGCCCUCAACCUGCUGGUCACAGGGAAGAUCGUGGACCAUGGCAACGGGACCUUCAGCGUCUACUUCCGACACAACGCCACGGGCCAGGGCAACAUCUCCAUCAGUCUGGUGCCCCCAAGCAAGGCCGUGGAGUUCCACCAGGAGCAGCAGAUCUUCAUCGAAGCCAAGGCCUCCAAGAUCUUCAACUGCCGGAUGGAGUGGGAGAAGGUGGAGCGGGGCCGCUGGACCUCUCUCUGUACCCACGACCCAGCCAAGAUCUGCUCUCGCGAUCACGCCCAGAGCUCCGCUACCUGGAGCUGUUCCCAGCCCUUCAAAGUCGUCUGCGUCUAUAUUGCCUUCUACAGCACAGACUAUCGGCUGGUGCAGAAGGUGUGCCCAGAUUACAACUACCACAGCAACACCCCCUACUAUCCUUCUGGGUGACACCGGGCAGGUCACCGAGGCCAGGCCAGGGCUGGAGGGCGGGCCUGCCCAGAUAGGGGGCCAUCUAGGUGGAAACUGGGCAGGGAGGGGGGUGGAGAGGAGAAGCUGCCGAGUGGAUCCAGGGCCAAGUCUCAAGUGGCAGAGAAAGGGCCCCACACGCUGGUCCCAGCCUGAGGUUGUGGAGCAUCUACAGCAGAGGUGCUGCCUUCUGGAUCUUUCCACGUGGAAGGACAGGAAGUGCUGGUCCCAGGAGGUCCCAGGGGCAAGAAGACCAGCGUAGGCAUGGCAAGGCACCUAGCACUUGGGCUCCCUCCCUGCCAUCCUGAGAAAGGACAGCCCCCCAGAAAAAGGGACAACUAAGAAUGGCUGAGACUGGGGUUCCGGAGAGUCAGGGGUGAGCUGGGGGCAGGAAGCACUCUCUAGCCCAGUCCACAUGGUGACCCUUGGGGUCUUUGAUGUCUUAACAAAUAGAACACCUGCCUCCGGCCACCUCACCCUUCUCCCAAACUCCUUCUUCUGCCAGUGCUCCCCAACUUCACACAGCCUCUGUCCCUGAGCUGAGACAGGGCAGCUGUGGUCCUCCCAGCCCCAGUGGCCAUAGGUGGGAGCCCCUAGGGGUGCCUUGUGUCCCUCCCAGACUCCACCCCCUGCUAGCUCCUCUGGAAAUUCCUUGACCCAGAGUGGUCCCUCCAUAGUCAGCCUUGCCUAUCACACUGGGGGCUCCCCCAGAACUGGGCUGUGGCUUCCUCUCCCCCCAUGGGGCCCUCAGCAGCUUGGGGCUGGGUGAGCUGGACUGUGGGAAGGUACUGGAUCUGUUGUAGUGUCUGUCUGUCUGGGCAGGGGGGUGGGGGGAGGUACGUCUUGUGAUGUUGCCUUGCUUGCCGACUUCUGUUUGCAGACUCUUGUUCUGGGAGCAAGUAAUAAAGCUCUGGUGGGGCACUGCAGUCCCAGCCGUCCAGGA